AUGGGAUUGUUACAGCCACAGCAGCUGGGCCAGGUUUCUGCAUUCUCUCCUUCAUUGCAGGGCGGUGCGUCGAUGGGGGGUGUGUCCCCUCAGCUGAACGCCUUCCAAUUCCCGCAAAUGGCCCAACAACAGCUCGGCGUCCCCAUGAACAACCCUAAUCAACACUCACACCGGCGCAAUCAAUCUGCGCUCCCCGGUCUGGGCAUGGGCCCUCCACCUGCUCCAUCCUCCGGAGCUUCCGGAUAUUCUGACUACGGCCAUCAGCAGGGUACGCAUCAACAAAAAGAAAACGGGAAUCAUGGCCGUUCCCGGGGGCCCCCUGGCGGUGGUGGUCAUCAGCGUCGUCACUCGCUUGCUCUCCCGGAAGCUAAAAAGGCUGCCGAGCUUGCUCAACAAAAACGAACGGCUUCCGGCUUCCAAUUCCCCGGUCCCGGUGCUGGGGCCGUCUCGGAAAACGCAUCGACCACGGAAGAUAAGUCAGCCGCAGGCACAUCACAAGCAUCCCAGGGACUCGGUCUGCACCGGGCCGGCAAUAUUCGAGCUGGCGGCCAUGGACGCAGUCAAUCUGUGGCGGUUGGCGGUCCCCGGGGCUCGCUGUCGGGACGGGGCAUGGGUGGCUUCCAGUUUCCGCAAUCGAGCGAUCUUGGUGGACAGUCGGACAAUCAGCGGCGAAGUAGCCAACAGGGCCAUGCACGAACCUCUUCGAGAAACUUUGACGGCAACUGGCGGCAGCCCAACAAUCAGAACCAGGGACAGGAUCAGCAAAAGAGUUUCGGUCAGCAGCAAGGCAACACGUUCCAGCCUGGUCACCGUGCCCGGGCGUCGAUGAACCAGUCGAUCGGCUCGAUCGGCUCUUUCCAGUAUCCAAGUCAGCCACAGCUGAUCCAACUGCCUCAGGGUCAGGUUGUGAUGGCACCACCCCAGAUGUUCGGAGCUGGUCAGCAGCUGAGCCCAUUGCAGAUUGCGCAACUCCAGGCUCUGCAGCAGCAGAACGGCCAGUUGAGUGGUCAAGGUCUUGGUCUGGCCGCUAGUCAACACGCGCCGCCGCAGCUGUCUGUGCAACAGCAGCAGCAGCAGCAGCAGCAACAGCGCAAGACCCUUUUCACUCCGUAUCUCCCCCAGGCGAAUCUGCCCGCCCUGUUGAGCAACGGUCAGCUGGUGGCUGGUAUUCUCCGCGUCAACAAAAAGAACCGUUCUGAUGCCUAUGUCACAAGCCCGGAUUUGGAUGCCGACAUCUUCAUCUGCGGCAGCAAGGAUCGGAACCGUGCUCUCGAGGGCGAUUUCGUUGCCGUUGAACUUUUGGAUGUCGACGAGGUGUGGUCGCAGAAGAGAGAGAAAGAGGAGAAAAAGAAGCGCAAAGACAUCACCGACGCUCGUUCUGGAAGCAACGCGGGCACUGACAAACUCUCGAGAUCGGACUCUGGUGCCAAUGGUGAUCGUCAAGAAAUCGGUCCCGAUGGUAGCAUCCGGCGCCGUGGCAGUCUCCGUCAGCGACCUACCCAGAAGAAGAAUGACGAUGUUGAAGUCGAAGGCCAGAGCCUUCUCUUGGUAGAGGAGGAUGAGAUCAGUGACGAACAGAAGCCCCUCUAUGCAGGCCACAUUGUUGCCGUGAUCGAGCGUAUUGCAGGACAGAUGUUUUCUGGAACUCUGGGACUCCUUCGCCCAAGUAGCCAGGCCACAAAGGAGAAGCAGGAGGCUGAGCGGAUGGCCAGAGAUGGCGGCCACGGUCGUCAUCACCAGGAUCGCCAGCAGGAUAAGCCCAAGAUCGUCUGGUUCAAGCCUACCGACAAGCGUGUUCCUCUGAUUGCCAUCCCGACUGAACAGGCUCCCCGAGAUUUCGUGGAGAAACAUCAGGACUACGCCAAUCGCAUCUUCGUUGCAUGCAUCAAGAGAUGGCCCAUCACCUCGCUGCAUCCUUUUGGAACUCUGGUGGAGCAACUGGGUGAAAUGGGUGAUCUGAAGGUCGAAACAGAUGCCCUUCUCAGAGAUAACAACUUCGGGGCCGAUGAAUUCUCCGAGGCGGUGAUGAAGAGCAUUGGUUGGGAGGACUGGUCCGUCUCGAACGAAGCCGAAGCUCUCCUCGCAUCCCGCCGUGAUUUCCGUUCCGAGACCACGUUCACCAUCGAGCCGAAUGGCGCCAAGGACCUCGACAAUGCUUAUCAUGUCAAACGUCUGCCGGACGGCAAGGUGGAAGUCGGUAUUCACGUCGCCGAUAUUGCUCAUUUCGUCAAGGCAAACUCCUUGGUUGAUCGGGAAGCAAAGAAGCGGGGCACGGCGGUUUACCUCAUGGAUCGGCUUGUUAACAUGCUGCCUCAACGCGUCUCCACGGAGCUUUGCGCUCUUCUGCCCGGACAGGACCGCCUCACCGUCAGCGUCGUGUUCACUGCUAACCCAGAGACCGGGGCUGUUGACGAAGAGGUCUGGAUCGGCAAAGGUAUUAUCAAGAGUGCAGGAAGGUUGAGCUACGACGACGUCAAUACUGCCAUCGGAGGCGAGUCCAAUGUCCCCGUCGCUGGGGUCACUGCCGAUAUGAUUCAGACGUUGAAUGCCAUUGCGGUGAAGUUCAGAGAGACCCGAUUUGGUAAUCGUGUUUCGAAUUUGCCACCUCUGCGUCUGUUGUACCAGCUCGACGAUGAGAAUGUUCCUGUAGAAAGGAACAUCUUCGACUCGACUGUCGCCCGCGAGUUGGUAGAGGAGUUGAGACACAAAGCCAACUUUUUUGUGGCCCGCAAGCUGGUCUCCGCUAUCCCUGACAAGGCUCUCCUUCGUCGUCAGUCAUCGCCCAAUGCCCGUCGCCUUCAGUCCUUCAUGGACCGGAUGGAUCGUCUCGGCUUCGACUUUGAUCCGUCAAGUAGUGGAACUUUGCAGAGCAGUCUCUGUAAAGUGCAGGAUGACGAUCUCCGCAAGGGUAUGGAAACGAUUCUGGUCAAGGCUAUGCAACGUGCGAAGUAUUACGUUGCCGGCACUGUCCAGGAUGAGCAGCGUCACCAUUACACUCUCAACCUCCCGGUUUACACUCACUUUACCAACCCGUCGCGUCGCUAUGCGGACAUUGUUGUACAUCGCCAGCUCGAAGCCGUCCUUUCCAACGGUGCGAUUGACUUCCCAGAUGACAUUGAGACCCUGAGCAAGACGGCCGAUCUGUGCAACAACAAGAAAGAUUCAGCCCACAAUGCGCAAGAGCAAAGUGUUCACAUCGAGGCUUGCCGUAACAUGGACAAGCAGCGACAGGAGAUUGGUGGCGACUUGAUCAGCGAAGGCAUUGUUCUCUGCGUCUAUGAGUCUGCUUUUGAUGUCCUCAUUCCCGAGUUUGGUUUCGAGAAGCGUGUCCACUGUGAUCAACUGCCCCUCAAGAAGGCUGAGUAUCGUAAGGAAUCUCGUGUCCUGGAGCUCUAUUGGGAGAAGGGUGUUCCAUCCUCUGCAUACAUUCCUGAGGACGAACGGCCCAGGACCACCAACUCCCGCGCGGCCCAGGCUGCCGCCGCUGCGCGUGAAGCAGAAGCAGCCCGAGAGCGUGCCCGCGAACGCGACGAGGCAAUGCGGAAACAGACCGAGACUGGUACCAUGUCUGCGGAUGAUGUUGACGCUCUCUUUGACGAUGAUGAUGACAUCUCCGAGGUCACCGAGAUGGCUGCAGGCGUCUCCUUGAACUCUGCCGCCGACCGAUCGACCCAGAGCAUGCCACCAUCUCCCACGCGUAAUGGUCAUCACCAGCAGGGUCCCCAUCGUACCCGGUCGGAUCCCAAGAUUGCAAGCAGCACUAGCGAUGCACCGGAAGCUAAGUUGACGAAUAAGGAGAAAUAUCUCAAGCUCUUCAAACUCCGGGAAGAGGAUGGCGAGUACAUUCAGGAUGUUACCGAAAUGGCUCGUAUUCCUAUCAUUCUCAAGACCGAUCUGAGCAAGAGUCCUCCUUGCCUUACCAUUCGCUCUGUGAACCCCUAUGCAUUGUAA